AUGCUUGACUUUAUAUUCCAGUGCAUAUUUGGAACGCAGUCGAACAGGUCGCUGUCCCUUGCCAAUCAUAGAUCGUCCGAGUCCGUUGCUUCUGAAAUUGUCACCAAGAUCCUCGAGGCCGACACACGCAGUUCACUCCAAAAAGAACUGAACGAGGUGAUUCGCAUCAACGGCUGGUCCGAUACCGUAGCAAAAGCUAUUCUGGAUGGAUUGCAGAAUGCAAUCAAGAACGGCACGGAGAUGGCCCGAGCAGCGACUGAAGUUCUUGCUCAAAGUAAGAAAGCUGCUGCCAGCUUUGCAAUAGAUCAUCCUGUUUAUGCCACACUGAUUGCACUUGGCGUCCUCGCAUUAUUGACGUCCUGGGCUCUUGAGAUACUCGGCUUUGGGGAAUUGGGACCUAUCGAAGGUUCAUUUGCGGCAGCAUGGCAGAGAACGUAUGCUGGGUACGUGCCGAAAAGAGAUUUGUUUGGCUACUUUCAGAGACUAGGGAUGAAGUGGAACUGGAGGCUUUGA